CGCCACUGCCCCCAGCAACGAACACAAGCAGCAGCUUCAAACCAGCAGCAGCUCUGCCACGCUCUCUGAGCUGAACAGCUAGCUGAUCGUUCUUGCUCGGCCGAUCGCCGCUUGCAGCAAUGGCCUCCGCCAACAGUUGGACCCUCGAGAUCGCGUCCCCGGUGGCGGCGGUCCGCCUGUUUCGCGCCGCCGUGCUGGACUGGCACACCCUGGCGCCCAAGGUCGCCGCCCACGUCGUCGCCAGCGCCCACCCCGUCGAGGGCGAGGGCGGCGUCGGCAACGUCAGGCAGUUCAACUUCACCUCUGCCAUGCCGUUCGGCUUCAUGAAGGAGAGGCUCGAGUUUCUGGACGCGGACAAGUGCGAGUGCAAGUCCACCCUCGUCGAGGGCGGCGGCAUCGGCGUGGCCAUCGAGACAGCGGCGUCGCACAUCAAGGUGGCGCCCGCGGCCGACGGCGGCAGCGUGGUGAAGGUGGACUCCACCUACAAGCUUCUGCCGGGUGUUGAGGUGAAGGACGAGAUCGCCAAGGCUAAGGAGUCAGUCACCGCCAUCUUCAAGGCCGCCGAGGCGUUCCUCGUCGCCAACCCGGACGCCUACAACUAAAUCGCACGGAAUGGGAUGUGAUUGCCCUUGCAAGUUCCAAUACAUAUGCAAUGCUUGGGGUUUCUUUCUCUUCUGUUUUUUAGGCAUACGAAAUAAAGCUGCUCUAUGCGGUGCGUGAGCAGUGUGUGUAAUGUGUGGACUUGAGACUUUGGAAGUGGUGUGUUCAAUGGAAUGUGUACCCACCAUGGGAACAAAAGGUUAAUCUACAAGGGUAUUAGAUUUUGGAAUCCUAUGCAAGUUUGGCUGAA